UAACUCCCGGAAGUGAGGAAGCGGCGGUGCUAGCAGUAGCGGCAAUAGCAACAAGCAGCUGUCGCCGUCGCUGCCUCCUCUUCCUUUGCUGGUUUCACCCCCUCCUCUUCUAACGGUCGGGGGCGGCCGCCUACCUGCAGGGCGGGCCGAGCGGGAUUCCCGCUUCCCCACCUGAGGGGGGCCGGGGUAGCUCGCGGCGGAAAGAGAAAUGCGGCCCCGCCGCGCGGAACUCGGCCCGGCCGCGACGCUUCCGCCGCAGCCCUUUCCCCCCUCGCUUCCCUUCGCCAUCAUUGGGGGCCACUGACGAUCGGCGGGCCCCUCAGCCGCCCCUCUGCCCGCGCCGUCAGUAUGAGCCCGGCCGAGAGGCCCCGCCAGCGCCUAGUUACGGAAGAAUACUGACAGCUGAAUUUCUGCCUUUAUUCUGUAAGUUCUGCAAUAAAGUGGGCAUGUCAAGGGUUCCCACACCUCCACCACCUGGAGAGAUGUCCAGUGGGCCUAUAGCUGAAAGCUGGUGUUAUACACAGGUUAAAGUUGUAAAAUUUUCUUAUAUGUGGACCAUUAAUAACUUCAGCUUCUGCAGAGAAGAAAUGGGAGAAGUUUUAAAGAGCUCUACCUUUUCAUCAGGCCCAAAUGACAAAAUGAAAUGGUGCCUGAGAGUAAACCCAAAAGGAUUAGAUGAUGAAAGCAAAGAUUACCUUUCGUUGUAUUUACUUCUAGUUAGUUGCCCAAAAAGUGAAGUGAGAGCAAAGUUUAAAUUUUCUCUUUUAAAUGCAAAAAGAGAAGAAACAAAAGCAAUGGAAAGCCAAAGAGCAUAUCGAUUUGUUCAAGGCAAGGAUUGGGGUUUUAAAAAAUUCAUUCGGAGAGAUUUUUUACUUGAUGAAGCAAAUGGUCUUUUACCAGAUGAUAAGCUUACAUUAUUUUGUGAGGUAAGUGUAGUACAAGAUUCUGUGAAUAUAUCAGGACAGUCCAAUACAAAUACGUUAAAGGUACCAGAAUGCCGACUCGCUGAAGAUCUAGGAAAUCUCUGGGAAACAACAAGAUUUACAGAUUGCAGUUUUUAUGUAGAAGGAAAAGAAUUCAAAGCUCAUAAAUCUGUCCUUUCAGCUCGUUCACCGGUUUUUAAUGCAAUGUUUGAACAUGAAAUGGAGGAAAGUAAAAAGAAUCGCGUAGAAAUAAAUGAUGUAGACCCUGAGGUUUUUAAAGAAAUGAUGAGAUUCAUUUAUACAGGAAAAGCCCCAAACCUUGACAAAAUGGCUGACAGCUUGUUGGCAGCAGCAGACAAAUAUGCACUGGAACGGCUGAAGGUCAUGUGUGAAGAAGCUCUGUGUAGUAGCCUCUCAGUAGAAAACGUCGCAGACAUCCUUAUCCUUGCUGAUUUGCACAGUGCAGAACAGUUGAAAGCACAAGCAAUAGACUUUAUUAACAGGUGCAGUGUUCUUAGGCAACUUGGUUGCAAAGAUGGGAAAAACUGGAACAGCAACCAAGCAACGGACAUAAUGGAAACGGCCGGCUGGAAGUCUAUGAUCCACUCCCAUCCCCACUUAGUAGCAGAGGCCUUUCGAGCACUAGCAUCUGCACAGUGUCCACAGUUUGGCAUUCCUCGCAAACGACUAAAACAGUCAUGAAAUCUUCCAUGAACUUUAGAGAACUCCUCUCCCACAUCCUGGGGAGCCUUCUCAGACCAUCAGCCAGAAUUUGUUAUCCCUGUCCACAGAACAUAACCUGCAAGCUUUUAAGAAUGGAUACUAUGUGGUUUAAUAAUCAGCUUUAAAUUAGACUGAUAAUUCUCCAGUUCACUGAAAGGCCUUAAAUUCAACUACUCUAGUUCAUGUGUUCUUGUUUUCGUUUUGUUUUGUUUUUUUAAUCGUGCCUCGUCAUUUUGACCAGGUCAUGUAGGAUUGCACUAGCUCCAUAAUGCAGUAAUGUUGAUAAAUGAAGACCAUUCUUGAAAGGAAUCUUCCUCUUCCCCCUCCCCCCUCCCCCCGAAGAGUAUCAUUGGGUCUUGUGGUAACUGGAAGCUUUUAACUAGACUCUCACGAAAAGCACUUGAAUUGGGGGGCAGCAAGCACUCCAAUCCAAGUACUGUAUUUGGGGUGAAUCAGAGGGUGCUGUCAGGCAUGCUGUGGCAAUACACUAUUCUGAAUAUAAUUUACUUCUCAUUGGUUCAGGUGAGUGAGGGAAAUAUGCAAUGUCUUGGCCCAGAAAUGUAUUUUACUAGAGUUUGUAAAUGCUUACUGUGUGAGUGUGCCCGUCAUCUGUUAAAAGAAACACACAGUAACUUUUUUGGCCUGUGUUUCUUUAGGAUCCAUUGCUGUUUUGCUGAACCAGAAUGAAAGUUAGGAUUUUGAUAUGGAAAACAAUUAAAUGAUACAUGCCAGGGGGAGAAACCUUUUUCCUCAGUCGGAAUACAUUUGAAGAUCAAGGAUGCAUAAGAAUGACCAAAUGUAAAUUUCAGAAAUGGGCCAAAUUAUGGAUUCUCAGUAUGCACUUUUAAUGUGUAACUUUUGUAUGUUGUGUGGUACAUAUAUAUUUUGGUUUUUGAUAAAUAUGGUACAGUAAUUGUGGCCUAACUUUUGAAAUACAUUAAGAUACCCAUAGCCACAUGGGAUUUAGUUUUGUUACUGCAAACAAGGAAAGCAUGACUUCAGAGAUGUUAAUUCAAAGUGACUGUCUCAAGUGUUCAUGUUAGAAUCCAUUCUAUUUUCACACUUUGGACAGGUUUAGCUUUAUUCCCUUAGUGUGUGUAUGCACAAGCCUGUUCACACUAGUGGAAGUUGCACAGACACACACAAUUAACAGGAAGAAUAGAAGUCUGAGAUGUCAGUAUUUGUAAGCACUGACUUGUUCUCUUUCUAGCAUUUGUUGUUGUACUAGCAUUGUGGAUGGUAUUGAAAUUCUGCAUAAUGUGAAAAAGGAUUUAACAGCCUGUAAACUGCUUGUAAUGGGCCAGUUUUGUAUGAUAUGAACUUUAGCUUUAACACCACCACUUCCAGUGUUUUUGCUAUCUUGUUUACAAUUGGGAGGAGCUUUUUCUGCAACAAUGCACAUUCUAAAUAUUUCUUUAGUAAUUACAUUCAGUUUUACUUUGAUGAUAACGAUGUGCUAUAUCUGACGCUCAGUCAAAGUUGCAGUAAGCGUCAAGAAAAGGGAAUUUCUCAGAACGUUAAAACUGAAGAUUUUAGAGGGGCCCAACCAACUUGCUCAGUUUUAAUUUAUUAACUCUUCCAAAGGGGUAUCCUUCCUAUUUUCAACAAUCUGGAGCAUGGGUGUUCUUUCAUUAUGGUUUCUAGCACACAUUUAAGCUACAAUGGGGUGCAAGUAGAAGGUGUCCAACCCCACUGCUGUGGCAAAACUAAGAAAAAUAACAUUGUAACUCAGUUCAUUAUUUGGGGUGAGCUGAAUGCAAAACUUUGAACUGAAUUUCUUCAGGCUCAAUUAAAGGGCCAUUUCACUUGUGCUCUGUGAUUUUCAGCAGUCUACACUUCAUCCAGUGAGGUACAGUAGCAUCGUGUUCAGAAAUGCAUUGUAGUUUUUAAAGUCUAUUGGAAGUUUUCUCUACCUAAAUUAUGUUCUCAUAUGGUGUUCUUGUAGGAAACUUAAGAAUGCCUUUCCCUCCUUAACAGAGAAAAUCAUGCUGCUGUGUAACUAAUAAGCAUAAUGACCAAUUUUGCAUCUUGAAAAUUACAACUAAAAUAUACAAAGUGACUUGAAUAUUUAAUACUGUAAGUGUCAAUUUCAGUUUGUUCAAGUAUUACUAGAUACAGCAAUCAGAUGGAACAUCUUAAAUGUUUUGAAAGGGUUUUAAAAGCUUAAUGGCAACAUUUUGUACCAAAAAUAUCAAACACUGUGCUGUAAGGUUAUCUACGUUUCUCUAAAUGUCCACUUGUCAAAAUUAACAGUGCGUACCAUACAUUACACAAAGAAGCCAACCCAUGACAGUUGAUCUGCUGUUUUGUUCUGUGUUUAUUGGCUAUGUAUGACAACAUAAAACAAAUGUCGUAUUAAGUGAGUGCACUAAUCUGCCUCUUUUUCAUUAGUGAACUACAUGCAGUGUUCUUACUCUUCCAAAAGAGCUGGCAAGAACAAUUUUUCUCUUAGUCACUGCAGCUUAUAUUUACCAUAUUUCCAUAAGAACACAUUGUAAGUUCAAAGUAGUGCAGAGGAAAAGUCAAUUAAAAAAAAUAGAAUUUUCAGGUUGAAAACUAGAAAUCUUGAUAAAGCAGGCAUUAGCCACUUUAACAGGAUUUUCAGCACAAUUAUACAAGUGCCAUAUUUGGCUUGCCAACUCUGUCCCUUCCACGCCCAUCAGCCAUUUCUAUUGAACAUUUCUUUUCCUGGGGGAGCACCCUGCAUGUGUUCUGUGUGCGGUGUGUGGGUUUUAAACACAGAUUUAUUUUCAGAAAAAUAGGACGUGGUGUGCAGUUUAAAAGUAGCCAGAGGUUCUACUUCAAAUUUCCGUGACAGUGUUUUCAAAUGAAGAAAACUUCAGCCAUGUAGCCAGACUUGACAGUCCAUUUACUGCAUGCUGAGGUAUGAAUUCAUAGUGCCUUUUUCCAAAUAUAAAAGAAUAGGAUGCAAAAUUUUGAAAAUACUUGGGAAAGCUAGAGAGAGAUGCUGGUUCUGAUUUUCUCUGGAAAAGAUUGUUGCAGGCGUUCCUUGCUCUUACUAGACUGAACCCUAAACUGGCUGUUAACACAGAAGAAGUUUUUUGAUGGCUCCAUUAUUUAAGUGCGGAAUGGUAAUAAAGUCUUGAUGACUGUUGCCUUCAGAGAGCGAGUAAUGUAGGACAUGGUCUGCAGGCUCCUUGAUUUUCUCCUUAAGCCCCCUUACGAUGAGAGCAAGCUCUCAAGCGCAAGGCUAAGUUUUUUGUGGUAGCAAAUUUUCCGUAGAAAAUUUAGGUAACCGUUUGGGGAUGUUUUGUUUUAGAUCAUAGGGUAUGACUCGUUAAAAUGAUUGAGGUUUACCCCAAUAUUAAUUUUUAUUGGGAAAGAUGAUUGGAUUUUCGUAACACUUCCUACAAACUGCUAGUUUAUUGGUUUAUCCUUCAACAAAACUGUAUCGGUUUGCUUGCUUUCUGCUUGCAGCAAAUGGACUUCCCUGAAAUGGCAAUUUAUUAUUUUUGUCAGUGUGUGCUGUGGUUUCAGUUAAUCAUACUCUGUUAUCUAGUUAAUCCUGGAUUUUGAUAUGUCAAAAUGAAGGUUUAUUGAUGAGUCCUGUUUUGGAAUCUAAACAUUGGAAGAACUUAAACCUGUUCUUGGUUGGAAGUUACUCAUAUUACCUAUCAUGUUAAACACUUGCAUCAAACCAUCCAGCCUUUUAUAUCUGCCUGAUGUUAACAGUGAAAUACUUUUUGUACCUUGUUGCUGAAAAUAUUUUUGCAUUUCAGGACAUCAAGUUACAAUAAAGUUGUUACUUAUACAGAAA